AUGCGUGCCAUCUUUCUCCUCUCGCUGUUAGCCAAUCUCUGGCUGGCAUGCAUCGCUGCGCCUAGUGUCUCUCUCAUCGCAAAUACUCUACUGGACGCCAAUGGGGUAUUCUUCGUCUCCUACGACGGUGUCGUGAAUGUCAACUCCUUCCAGCUGUCGGGAGUUUUGACCCAUGGCAACUACCAAUAUGCGGCAUGGUACACUUCGACGCGGUAUGCAAUCCUUGCACGGAAGCAACUACCUUCAGGAAGCUGGCAGACCCUCCAACUCCCCCACCAGCUCACAACGAGCGACUCCCACAACGUCAUCGCGCUCGGAGUAUCCCCUCAGGAUGGUCGGAUUCAUGUCGCCAUGGACUGUCAUAGCACAAGACUCUUCUACACUGCUUCAGAGGCAGGUCUUGCCACCAACGGAGCCAGCUGGACCGCGAGCCGCUUUGGUUCCAUCACCAGCACACUCGGGAAUCUGAACAUUGGCACCGUGGUCACGUAUCCCCAAUUCGUGAUAACCUCGGACAAUCUCCUGCAAUUUGUAUACCGCUCCGGCGUCUCUGGCAAUGGCGCUACGCAGCUCGCGGAAUACAACGGAGGAUCGUGGUCGAACGUCGGUUCCUGGGCAUCAGCCUCCGGAACAUAUACGUCGACGAACGGGAGAACGAGCACGGCCAGGAACUUGUACAUCCACGGAUUCACGUAUAGGUCGGGCAGGGCACACGUUACAGGCACUUGGAGGGAGCAGAAUGGGGCCGUCAUGUGCAAUGGCGGAGGCCUGACGAACCAUGACACGACUUAUUUCUACUCGGAUGAUAAAGGGCGAACUUGGAGAAACAGCGGUGGCAGCCUCAUCGCCACCUCUGGCUCGAAUCCCGUGAACGUGAACUCUGCCGGUAUUAUCGUAGACCCUCUCAACGCCGACCACGGCCUCAUGAAUCAGGAGUCUCAAGCCGUUGACUCUGCUGGAUUAAUCCAUGCCAUUAUAUCAUACGUUCCUGGCCGAUUCGGACAAUGUGUUUCGAACUACGUGAGCGACCGCACCGCCAACGGACGCGCCUUCCACGUCUACAAAAAUUCCAACGGCAGUUUCACAAAAAUGGAGAUCCCCUUCGCCCUCAAUGCCGUGGGUCGCUCGCAAAUCGUUCUCGACGGCAACGACAACGCGUACGUCGUACUGCCUUUUGUACGGAUUGCGACGGCCAGCAAGAGUUCGGGGUGGACGGACUGGACUAUCGCAUACGAUGGCGUCGCUCAGGGCUUGAACGCUUUCGGAGAGGUGAAGAGUUCCGGGACAACACCUUCGGCUGUGAGGUUGGUUGAUUUCAAUCUGAACGGUUGA